GAUUAUCUGGGUUCAGGGGGGUUUGUUCACAGGUUAAUGCAGUAGGUGUUUAUUGAGCACCUACUAUGUGCCAUGCACAGUGAGGAACUGGAGAGCAACGCAGAUGAAAAUGCCGGUCCUUGUGGAGCCUGCGUGCUAGUGGGGCGGACGAGGAUGGACCAGGGCCUCCUGGGGGGGAGCCCCUCUCGGUAAUGAGGGGACCCCUGCUCUCCCCCAGUAGGCCUCGGGAUGUCUCUGGCAGACGAGCUCCUGGCCGACCUCGAGGAGGCGGCGGAAGAGGAGGAAGGAGGAAGCUAUGGGGAGGAGGAAGAGGAGCCGGCGAUCGAGGAUGUGCAGGAGGAGACACAGCUGGAUCUUUCCGGGGAUUCGGUCAAGAGCAUCGCCAAGCUGUGGGACAGCAAGAUGUUUGCUGAGAUCAUGAUGAAGAUCGAGGAGUACAUCAGCAAGCAAGCCAAAGCUUCGGAAGGUACCCCCUGCCUCCCCUCGGCCUCGCCCACCGCCUGGUCCCCCGCCUUGCACUGCUUGUGGGAGCAGGAAGUGGGCCCUUUAUUCUUUGUGUCCUUGCGCCCCGCGAAGCUCAGGGGUUCGGUUACUAAAGUGAGAGGGGGAAGUGGAUGUGGGGGACAGCCAGCCGUCCGCCUGUCCCCUCAUCAGAUGCCUCCCGCCCCGCCCACCUCAGACAUCAUCCACAAGUUCAUCCGGGACAAGUACUCGAAGCGCUUCCCCGAGCUGGAGUCGCUGGUCCCCAACGCACUGGAUUACAUCCGUACGGUCAAGGAGCUGGGCAACAGCCUGGACAAGUGCAAGAACAACGAGAACCUGCAGCAGAUCCUGACCAACGCCACCAUCAUGGUGGUCAGCGUGACCGCCUCCACCACCCAGGGGCAGCAGCUGUCGGAGGAGGAGCUGGAGCGGCUGGAGGAGGCCUGCGACAUGGCGCUGGAGCUGAACGCCUCCAAGCACCGCAUCUACGAGUACGUGGAGUCCCGCAUGUCCUUCAUCGCGCCCAACCUCUCCAUCAUCAUCGGGGCGUCCACGGCCGCCAAGAUCAUGGGGGUGGCCGGCGGCCUGACCAACCUCUCCAAGAUGCCCGCCUGCAACAUCAUGCUGCUGGGGGCCCAGCGCAAGACGCUGUCGGGCUUCUCGUCCACCUCCGUGCUGCCCCACACCGGCUACAUCUACCACAGCGACAUCGUGCAGUCCCUGCCCCCGGAUCUCCGGCGGAAAGCGGCCCGCCUGGUGGCCGCCAAGUGCACGCUGGCAGCCCGCGUGGACAGCUUCCACGAGAGCACGGAGGGGAAGGUGGGCUACGAACUCAAGGACGAGAUCGAGCGGAAGUUCGACAAGUGGCAGGAGCCUCCCCCUGUGAAGCAGGUGAAGCCGCUGCCUGCGCCCCUCCCCCUCGAUGGGCAGCGCAAGAAGCGAGGCGGCCGCAGGUAUCGCAAAAUGAAGGAGCGGCUGGGGCUGACGGAGAUCCGGAAGCAGGCCAACCGCAUGAGCUUCGGAGAGAUCGAGGAGGACGCCUACCAGGAGGACCUGGGCUUCAGCCUGGGCCACCUGGGCAAGUCGGGCAGUGGGCGCGUGCGGCAGACGCAGGUGAACGAGGCCACCAAAGCCAGGAUCUCCAAGACGCUGCAGCGGACCCUGCAGAAGCAGAGUGUGGUGUGCGGCGGGAAGUCCACCAUCCGCGACCGCUCCUCGGGCACCGUCUCCAGUGUGGCCUUCACCCCGCUCCAGGGCCUGGAGGUUGUGAACCCACAAGCGGCCGAGAAGAAGGUGGCUGAGGCCAACCAGAAGUACUUCUCCAGCAUGGCCGAGUUCCUCAAGGUCAAGGGCGAGAAGAACGGCAUCAUGUCCACCUGAGGGCGCACCCUGGGUGGCCGCCCACGGCAGACGUGGAGGCCAUGUGCUCCCAAGGGGUCAGGGCUGGGAGCUCCGAUGGGGGGAGCCCGCCAUUGCCCAGUGCCCGGACUGUCCAGGGGGCUGCGGAGACCCCCGCACCGAGGUCGCCGCCCCAGUUGGGGGCAGAGCGGUCCCCACCACACCUCGUUUUUGCUAUUUUAACUGGGAAAGGAGAUACUUUUGGGGAAAGUGUGAUUAAAAGCACAUUGUCUAAA